GGGACACGGGGACGUGGGGACGUGGGGCAGCAACAGCUCACACACAGGGACGUCUAUUCUACUGAUAAUGAACAGAUGAGUGUAAGGAGUCUCCAGUGUCAGCACUGUGUAACACUCAGAGGCUCUCAGUGAUCAGAAGGUGCAGCGUGUGUGUGUUCCCAGUCUCGUCCUCAUGAUGGCGCUGUUUCAUCACCACGUCCCCAGUGGACUUUGUUCUGCAGGACGUCUCUCACACACAGCAGCAGGAAACGUUAGUGCUUUCGUCAUGUCUUCUUUCACAACGUAACAGUGCUGGAGGAGCUGAUACGCCCAGCUGAACUUUACACACACACACACACACGCGCGCUUACACACAUAUAUACAGUACACACACCUGGAGAGAGAGAGAUCAGAGCUGUGAUAUGGGUGUGAACUAGGUCAGGGGUGUGUGUGUGUGUGUGUGUUAGGUUAGAGUAGGAACUUGUUUAGUGGUAUCAGUGUGUGUUUUUGGAAUGUAGGUGUGUGGAGGUGUAUAUGAUUAUUGGUAUAGCAUAGGUGUGUGUGUGUGUGUGCGUGUGUGUGUGUGUGUGUGUGUGUGUGUGAGUGAGCAGUAUGGGGUGUGUGUGGGCGGUGGUGAUUCCUGCGCUGCAGUUCUUCUUCUUGGCGCUGCUGCUGCUCCUCAUGUUCCCGGCCAUGUUCGGCCUCUCGCUCGGCAUCACAGAGACCUACAUGAGGAUCCUGAUCAAAACACUGGAGUGGGCAACCCUGAGGAUACAGAAGAGCAAAAGAGAGGAAGAGAUGUUAAAACAGUCUGCAUCUUCUGGUCUGAUACAGCGGGACGACUCGUCGUUGGAGAAGGAGAUUGUGGAGCUGCGCCGCAAUAGGCCGAGGUCGGGAGUGGGCGGGGCCUUUGCAUUCAGCGACGUGUUCUACUUCAGCAGAAAGGGGAUCGAGAGCAUCGUGGAGGACGAGGUGACCCAGAGGUUCAGCUCAGAGGAACUCGUGUCCUGGAACCUGCUGACGAGAACCAACAACAACUUCUACUACAUCUCACUGCGCCUCACCAUCCUGUGGGGGGUCGGGGUCAUCGUCCGCUACGGCAUACUGCUGCCCCUCAGGAUCAUGUUAACGUUUAUCGGGCUCAGCUGGUUGGUCAUUGGCACCACAGUGGUGGGAUUUCUGCCCAACUCCAGGAUAAAGGACUGGCUCAGUGAACUUGUACAUGUCAUGUGUUACCGCAUCUGUGCUCGAGGCCUUUCAGCCACCAUACACUACCACAACAGAGAGAACAAGCCGAAGAAAGGAGGAAUCUGUGUAGCCAAUCACACGUCCCCCAUCGACGUGAUGAUUCUGGCCAAUGAUGGAGGAUACGCCAUGGUGGGGCAGGUCCACGGAGGGUUGAUGGGCGUGGUUCAGCGCGCGAUGGUUCGAGCAUGUCCGCACAUCUGGUUUGAGAGAGCAGAGAUGAAAGAUCGCCACCUGGUGACCCAGAGACUGAGGGAUCAUGUGAAUGACAAGAACAAACUCCCCAUCCUCAUCUUCCCCGAGGGAACCUGCAUCAAUAACACGUCUGUCAUGAUGUUCAAGAAGGGCAGUUUCGAAAUCGGAGGCACCAUCUACCCCGUCGCCAUAAAGUAUGACCCGUUGUUCGGCGAUGCGUUCUGGAACAGUGGGAGGUACAGCAUGGUGAGUUACCUGCUGAGGAUGAUGACCAGCUGGGCCAUCGUCUGUAACGUCUGGUACCUCCCACCCAUGACUCAGCAGGAAGGAGAGGACGCCGUACAGUUUGCUAACAGAGUGAAGUCUUUAAUUGCGAGACAAGGAGGACUGGUGGACUUGUCCUGGGAUGGUGGUCUGAAGAGAGCCAAGGUGAAGGACACGUUUAAGCAGGAGCAGCAGAAGAUGUACAGCAGCAUGGUGGUGGGAGACGACAGCAGUGACUGAACCACAGAGUAGUGGAGUGUGUGUAGUCGUCUCUGGAGUGUGUGUAGUCGUCUCUGCAGUGUGUGGAGAACUGCAUAAAGGCGGUCACAUUUCACUCUAAUCUCCGGUGUUCAGACCAGAUGUUCAUGUGGACAUGCAAGUGAUUUGUGCUGAAAUGUUCAAUCAGAAAAGUGGACUUUUGUUUAUUGUUUAUUUUGAUAAUGACAACAAAAUAAUUACUGCAAAUAAUUUAUACUGUAUGCUGAUGUUUAAAUCUAUUUAAUAAAUGUCUUACAAAAAA